AUGCGGGCGGCCAAUGCCGCCGGUGUGCGGACAGUGAUCCGGAAGCUGACGUCGCUCUGCAUCAACUUGGCGAUGAUUAUGGAGCGAGCGGACGAGCAGGUCCUUCCAGCAGUCUAUCUAUACGUCGGCGCAGCGCUGAAGGUCUCGCCUACACACCUAGGGCUUCUGACGUUUUGCCGCGCCAUAGUUCAAGCCGUGUCCUCCCCCGUCUCCGGCGUCCUGGGCGACUACGUCAACCGCCGCGUCAUCAUCGGGCUCGGGUGCAUCUGGUGGGGCGCCGUCACGUGCAUCGUCGCCGGCGUCUCGGACUUCCAUGCAGCAAUGAUCUGCUGGGCCUGCAACGGCCUCGGUCUCGCCGCCGUGAUCCCGUCCUCGCAGUCGCUCCUCGCCGACCUGUACCCGGAGUCCGAGCGGGGCGUGGCGUUCGGUUGGAUGUACAUGGUCGGGGCGUUUGGCGGCAUGGGGGGGGGUCUGUUUGCAACCAACGUCGGGGGAGUGAUCGUGGCGGGCAUGGAGGGGUGGCGGUUCAGUUUCCUCGCCGUCGGCAUCAUCUCGGGCGUGGUCGGGGCCCUCACGCUCGCCGCGUCCUCGGACCCGCGCUACCCCGCCGACGUGGCGCGAGCGCAUGCGGCAUGGCGUGUCGCGCUCGCGCGCGCGCUUGCGGGCGGGCGCUCCCUCUCCGCGGACGCGGACGAGGCCGAACCUCUCACGGGGCGCGCCCAGGACGCUUCGCUGGGCCCGGUGGCCGCCACGACGAUCACGGACGGCGACAAUAUGCACCAACGCGGAAACAGAGGCGGCGGCGCGGGACUCGCGACGCGGGCCGUCGCGCACACGGGCGGGACGAAGGGUGCGGCGGUCGGGAGGGCGCCGGAGGGGCCGGCGGUGGCGGCGGCGGGCGUGCGUCGCCCGGAAUUCUCCUGGGCAGAACUGAAGUGGGUUUUGCAACGGAAGACGUUCCUGAUCAUCGUGCUGCAAGGAAUCAUGGGCUCCACGCCCUGGAACGCGCUGAUUUUCUUCACUCUGUGGCUGCAAAUGCUCGGCUUCACGGACCUUCAGGCGUCGAUUCUGAUGGCGGCCUUCGCCACGGGCUGCGCGCUCGGGCUCGGGCUCGGCGGGUGGGUCUGCGACCACCUCGCGACGUGGAGCCCCAACCACGGCCGCAUCCUCGGCGCGCAGUUCUCCGUCUUCAUGGGCCUCCCUCUCUCGUGGCUGCUCAUCAAGGGACUCCCCCAGGGGGACUUUGCAGCCCAGAUACAAACCUACGACGUGCUGUACGGCACGGUGAUGUUCCUCAUGGGCCUCGUGAUCUCGUGGUGCGCCCCCGGGUGCAACAGCCCGAUGUUCGCCGAGAUCGUGCCCGCGCGGCUGCGGUCGACCGUGUACGCGUUCGACAGGAGCUUCGAGGGCGCGCUGGCUGCGUGCGCCGCGCCCGCCGUCGGGCUUCUCGCCGAGCACGCGUUCGGGUUCGAGGGGACGCUGCGGCAUCCGGAGGAGGGGAUGAGCGAGGAGGUCGCGCUGAGCACGGAGGCCAUGAAUCGCAGGAACGCAGGGGCGCUCGGAAACGCGCUGCUCGUGUGCUGCGUGGUGCCGUGGGCGCUGGCCUUCGUGUUCUACGGGCUGCUGCACUGGACCUACGCCAAGGACCGGGCCGCGGGGGCGUCGGGACCGUUGAAGGCGGUCAGCAGCUAG